AAAACGGAAUAUUAUCUUUUCAGAGAUCUUCCAGUUUCCGUUCACAACUAUAAAUACACACACAAUAAUAAUAUAAUAAUAUUAUUACUUCCGUUUCGUUGUUGAUCAACUCCAACUACCCGCUGCAUUUCCCAAAAUGGUGGGUGGAAAAUGGUGGUGCUUCGGUAACCGGAGCUCCGGUGACGAUGUGGGUGAUCUUGACCCGAUAGUUCUGGUGAGUGGCAUAGGUGGGACUAUCUUGAAUUCCAAGCCAAAGAGUUGGUUUGGGAUCACCACCCGUGUUUGGGUCCGUAUUCUUCUUGCUGAUUUGGAGUUCAGAAAGCGGGUCUGGUCUCUUUACAAUCCGGAAACUGGCUACACAGAAGCAUUGGAUGAUAGUUCUGAUCUUGUCAUUCCACAAGAUGAUUAUGGACUCUAUGCAAUUGAUAUUUUGGAUCCCUCAUUGUUGAUAAAAUUGUUACACUUGACGGAUGUAUACCAUUUUCACGACAUGAUCGAUAUGCUUGUUAAUCAUGGAUACAAGAAAGGAACUACGUUGUUUGGAUAUGGAUACGACUUCCGCCAAAGCAAUAGAAUUGAGCAGUUAAUAGAUGGCCUCAAGGAAAAGCUUGAGACUGCGUAUACGGCUUCAGGGGGUAGAAAAGUCAACCUUAUAUCACACUCCAUGGGUGGAUUGCUGGUUUCAUGUUUCAUAUCACUCCAUUCUGACGUGUUUGCCAAGUAUGUGAAUAAGUGGAUAACCAUUGCAACCCCUUUUCAAGGUGCACCUGGAUGCAUCAAUGAUUCUCUUUUAACUGGAUUACAAUUUGUGGAGGGUCUUCAAAGCUACUUUUUUGUAGGAAGAUGGUCAAUGCAUCAAUUGUUGGUGCAAUGCCCGUCUAUAUAUGAGAUGUUGCCUAAUCCCGAGUUUAAAUGGAAAAAGCAACCUGAAAUUUUGGUUUGGAAAAAAGAUAUAGAAAACGGAGAAGAUUCAGUUAAACUCGAAACUUAUGGUACAUCUGGAAGUGUGGGGUUGUUUGAAGAAGCAUUGAAGGACAAUGUGAUAGAGUAUAACAAGAAGACUAUACCUUUGCCAUUCAAUUAUGAUAUCUACAAAUGGGCUGCCACUACACGCAAGAUGCUAAACAGUGUGCAGCUACCCCAAGGGAUUGAGUUCUACAACAUUUAUGGAACAUCGUUGGAUACACCUUUUGAUGUUUGUUAUGGUUCAGAAAUGGAUCCAAUCAACGACCCAACUGACAUAUGCAGUACAUUGCCUGAAUACUCAUAUGUGGAUGGAGAUGGAACAGUCCCCGCCGAGUCUGCAAUGGCAGAUGGAUUUGAUGCAAAAGAGAGAGCAGGAAUCCCGGGUGCUCACCGAGCACUAUUAAGAGAUGAACUUGUAUUUGAAUACAUACGAAAGUGGUUGGGAAUCCAAGAACCGAGUAUCUCGCGCGUAAAGACCUCUAAAAUUGUUGAUGUUGGUUCGGCUUGAAGCUUGGGUAAUAGUUUAGUAGUAUCUUACAGCAUGCAAAAGUACGUGCAAGUCAUUAAUGGACUAGUGGUUAUGUAUCUGUUCAGCUGUAAUCUUAGUUUAGAUUCUCUACUUUGUUUUGUUAAUGUAUGUACCAUGUGAAAUUAGUAGUAACUGCCUUUAAAAGUCAAAACAAUAAAUUAUUAUAUUACUCCUGUA